CUACGUCUGGUGACAAACGUAGUGAAUUUUGUGUCGUGUGUGGCGGCACUAUCACUAGUGACAUAUUGUGAUUGCAUGCUCAAGUUUUUCGAGGUUAUGUUGAUCGUAAUUUAAGCACUCGGAAAACAUUAAUAAAAAUGGAUAGAGUGGUUAAUGAUGAAAAGCCCCGUGUUAUUCUGGGUGAACAUAAAAUCACACAGAACUUGCCUUCACAGCCUACAGUUUUAGACGAAAAGUGGAGUUUACGGAGUUUCAAGAAGAAGUUUAGAGUUGUGAUGGUUCGCUACGACGAGAACGAACUCGAAUUUGAUUUGAUAGGGAUCCACCCGUUUUUGGCAAACGCGUUUCGGAGGUUAAUGCUCAGUGAUGUUCCAACUAUGGCUAUAGAGAAAGUGCACAUUUUGAAUAACACUUCUAUUAUUCAAGACGAGGUUUUAGCUCAUAGGUUGGGAUUAAUACCCUUAAAGGCUGACCCUAGGUUAUUUGAAAUGAAAGCAGACCCUGCAGCUGAAGGCACCGAGCAGGAUACAUUAGAAUUCACUUUAAAAAUCAAGUGUACGAAUAAUAAAGACAGCAGUAAGGACUCUCUGAGGGUUGAAGAUAUGUAUAAAAACAACAAUGUUUACUCAAAACACAUAAAGUGGGUGCCUAUUGGUAAGCAGAAGGAGCGAUUGACUGACGUAGGCCCCAUUCACCCCGAUAUAUUGAUAGCAAAAAUGCGUCCUGGGCACGAAUUGGACUUAAAAUUAAUCGCGGUGAAAAGUGUGGGUCGUGAUCAUGCCAAAUUUUCCCCAGUAGCAACCGCCUUUUAUAGAUUACUCCCUGAUAUAAAAUUAUUGCGGGAGGUGGAAGGUGAGGCCGCCGAAAGACUACAGAAGUGUUUUUCACCCGGCGUUAUUUCAAUCCGACACGAAAAAGGUAGACAAUAUGCUGUGGUGAAUGACGCUAGGUAUGACACUGGUAGCAGAAACGUGUUCAGGUAUGAAGAUCUUAAAGACGCCGUGGCUAUGACAAAAAUUCAAGACCACUUCAUUUUUACCGUUGAGUCAGUGGGGGCGCUCCGACCCGACGUCAUCUUCACCGAAUCUGUGAAAAUCCUAAAAGACAAGUGUCUUUCGCUAUUGGAUGAACUAAGUCACGUAUAAAGGAUUUUAUUGUAUUUUAUCAAACCACAAAACAAUGGCUUUUAAUCAACAGGUUAAAAAUAGAAAUGAAAUAUAUCUUUAUAUAAACACUACAGAA